CCCUGGUUGCAGUUGCAGUAGCUUGUUCUGGGCAACUUGUGUCACUCCUAAUUUUGGAUUUCCUUUGUUUUUGGUACUUUGAACUGAUUCUCGUGACCAACGUGAACUUCACCUUGAUUCUUGAACUGGGUUGGAAAAGGGUUUGAACUUUGAACUUUGAACUUUAGGUUCACCAAACGUUCUUUGUGCUUUAUGACUAGUGGGUCUGCGUGCAAAUUAUAAUUUUUUCGUUACUAAAACUUUGUAUUAUUAAAUUCUUGUUUUGGUCUUUGAAACCUCGCUUCCCACGUGUUUAUGGGGUACCUGUGCUUCUUACUAAAGAAGAAUUGAAACUGUUCAGAAUCAGAUUCCCAAGAACUGUUUGUUCUAAUCCUUCUCAGUUCUCAGCUUGUAACAUGAUUGGGGCUUCUGAACAAGUGAUCAAUUGAAAAACACUGAUUUUUGGAGAUGGGUAGUGAUGGGAUUGAGUGUUUGUCCCAAGAAUUGUUAGAAGAAGGUUUUGGUAGCCAGCAAAAGAAAGAUCUCAGGCAAAUAAUGGACAUCAAGUUUCAAGGUGAAAUUUUUGAUGCAGCUUCUUCUAAGGGGGCUGAGGAUUGGAAGAAGUCAUCACAAGUUUCUUUUUCCCCAAAAAGAGGUUUGGAACAUUGCAUCACAGCACCCAUUGGAACUGACAGCAACCCACUUGUAGCUGACGAUGAGAUUUUGCGUUCUAGAUCAAUGACAGAGAAGAGGGGAUUCCCUAGGCAUGACAUAAUUUUGGACAGGCUCUCUGAACAUAAGAAGCAACAACUGAUUGCUAACCUAGUGAAGAUACAAAAUGAUGGGACUGUUGAAGUUGAUCUAGAAAGGAGUGCAUCUGUUGCUCCAGAAUUGUUAGAGCUCCAAUCUUUUGAAGAGUCAACAGUUAGUGGAAGUCUUAUUUCUGAAUCAAAAAGACACAUUCCACAGUUACAAAUUGUCAUUCUUGUGGUUGGAACUAGGGGCGAUGUACAACCUUUUCUGGCCAUUGCAAAGAGACUUCAGGAGUAUGGUCAUCAUGUUAGGCUGGCAACUCAUGCUAAUUUCAAAACAUUUGUAAAGGCAGCUGGUGUAGAUUUCUAUCCUCUGGGUGGUGAUCCUCGUGUAUUGGCAGAAUAUAUGGCAAGAAAUAAAGGUUUAAUCCCUUCUGGUCCGGCUGAAAUAUCUAUCCAAAGAAAGCAGUUGAAGGUCAUCAUUGAUUCCCUUCUUCCAGCAUGCACAGCACCUGAUUUGGAAACGGGUGUUCCUUUCAGAGCUCAAGCUAUUAUUGCCAAUCCUCCUGCGUAUGGACAUGUACAUAUUGCUGAAGCCCUUGGGGUACCCCUUCACAUCUUCUUCACAAUGCCAUGGACGCCAACGUAUGAGUUCUCUCACCCUUUGGCACGUGUUCCUCAAAGUGCUGGUUAUUGGCUGUCGUAUAUAAUUGUGGAUCUACUGAUAUGGUGGGGAAUGCGAGGAAUAAUCAAUGGCUUCAGGAAAACAAAAUUGAAACUUGCUCCUAUUGCAUACUUCAGUAUGUACCGUGGAUCAAUAUCUCACUUACCAACUGGCUAUAUGUGGAGUCCUCAUGUAGUUCCAAAACCAAAUGACUGGGGCCCUUUAGUUGAUGUUGUUGGUUACUGUUUCUUGAGCCUUGCAUCCAAGUAUGAACCUCGAGAAGAUUUUGUUCAAUGGAUUAAAAAAGGACCACCUCCUUUAUAUUUUGGGUUUGGGAGCAUGCCUCUUGAAGAUCCUAAAAGAACAACGGAUGUUAUAUUGGAGGCACUUAAAGCUACCGAACAACGGGGAAUUAUUGACCGGGGUUGGGGCAAUCUAGGGAAUUUGGCAGAAGUUUGUGACAAUGUUUUCUUUCUGGAGGAAUGCCCUCAUGAUUGGCUGUUUCCUCAAUGUUCUGCAGUGGUGCAUCAUGGUGGAGCUGGAACCACAGCAACAGGAUUAAAAGCUGGGUGUCCUACGACCAUAGUUCCAUUCUUUGGAGAUCAGUUCUUUUGGGGAGAUAGAAUAUAUGAGAAAGAGUUGGGACCAGCCCCAAUCCCAAUAUCUCAGCUCAAUGUUGAGAAUUUAUCAAAUGCCAUAAGAUUCAUGCUCCAGCCAGAGGUGAAAUCCCGAGCAAUGGAAAUUGCUAAGUUGAUUGAGAAUGAAGAUGGUGUUGCAGCUGCGGUUGAUGCGUUUCAUCGCCAUCUGCCUGAUGAACUACCACUGCCAACUCCAUCUGCAGCGGAGGAUGACCACUUAAAUCCUUUGCAGUGGUUUUUUCUCCAACUUGCGAAGUGUUGUGCGCCUUGUGGUGGUGUGUAGGAUUACAUUUUCUUUUAUUGAUUAUAGAAUUACAUUUUAUAGGAGCUUUCCAUUUUUUUUUUGAGAAUGGUAGUGUAAGGUUUUGCUAUGGUAUUUGAUUCAUUCUGUCAAGUCUCCUAUAUGAGGAUUUGACUAUUACUUUUCGUGAUUUCAUGUAUAUUUAACACCCCCCCCCCCUCAAAAGAAAAAGAAGUAAACCUUUUGUAUAGAUGAUUGUCACUUGAGAUAGAUAAACAAGAGUUGAGGAAUUAUUAUACAAAGAGCCGGAUAACUUAAGUCAUAUAGCGGACCUCCACAUUGUUUGCUUCUGUUUGAUAGUUGAUAAUAUUAUGCAAGGAUUUUG